AUGCUGAGGGAUAUUUUCACUUCGGAGAAGGGAUCCGAACAAUCUCAACAACAAGGAUCGAGUAGUGGUGCCUCUCGUUCCGGAAAUCCUUUGAGUGGACUCAUCAAUCCAACGUUGCGAGAUAUUCAGAAGCAAGAGGAUUUUUAUAACAAUGUACAACGAUAUUCGGGUUCGGGAGAAGGCUCUGCUUCUUCUGCAUCUCAUGAAGCCUUUUCUCCUUUUCAAUAUAGUUCAACAAAUAGAGUAUCGAGUGCUGAUUCAGCUACUCUUUCACCAAUUAGUAGAAUGAAGAUGAAGGAAAGAAGUGAGCGUAUUACACGACACUUGUACCCCGAUAUGAAUGAACAAACAAACCAAUUGAAUCAAAGGUUCGGAACGAUGAAUAUUGGAGGAUCAAGUAGCAGUAAUAAUUAUGCUAGUUCUUCUUCCAUGUUUUCAUCGAGCAAUAUGGGAGAUAUUGGAGAAGAGAAUGCUGGAAUGUUUUUACAGAAUCAUUCAUUAGAUUCAUAUUUAAACAUGCUGCAACAGCAAGUACAAACCAUCGGAGAACAUAUUAAUCAAGAACAGGGACUUGUUACUCAAUUACAUGAGCCCUAUAUUUUCCUAACCUCACAAACAACAAAUCCCUAUUUGCAACAUCAAGAUCAUCAAUAUCAAAAUUUGUAUGAAUUAGCAAAACGAUUGUUGUCACAAGAGAAUCAGCAAAAUGCAUCAACAACCAAUACCGAGCAGGCAAUUCUUGCUUUGGAGGCUCAAGUAAUUUUAGAGCCGCAUCACGCCGAUGCUUGGUAUGCUUUGGGACAAUGUCAUGCGGAGUGUGAUGACGAUGCGAGAGCAAUUGCUUGCUAUGCCGAAGCAUUUAGGCAGGACAAUAAUCACUUGGAUGCACUCGUUGAUUUGGGUGUCUCAAACGCUAAUGAGCUUCAAAAACAUGUAUCAUUGAUGUAUUUGAAACGUUGGAUUACUUCCCAUCCUGUUUAUGCCAGUGUUGUCGGAGAUUUAUUGAAAGAAAUGGACAUGGAUGACCAUGUAUCUACCACAAUGGUUGACUUUUAUCAAGUACAUAGCAAAGUGAGAAAAUUAUUUGAGAAGGCUGCAAAUGAAUCACCAACAAAAGAUUCCAAACUUCACACUGCAUUGGGUGUACUGUACCAUCUUGUAAAUGACUAUGAAAAUGCCAUCCAACAAUUUAAGAUGGCAUGUCAAACAGAUCCUACAAAUCAUAGCUUGUGGAAUAAGUUAGGAGCUACUCAUGCCAAUGCUAAAAAACCAGAAUUAGCCAUUGAAUGCUACCGAAGAGCUCUCAACUUGAAACCAGACUAUGUACGAGCUUGGGUCAAUCUUGGCAUUGCUCAUAGUAACCGAGCCGAAUACGAAACUGCAGCCAAAUUUUAUUUGAGAAGUUUAAAGUUAUGCCCUCGAAACAAUCAUGUUUGGUAUUAUUUGAGUUAUGACUUUAGUUGUCUUCAACGAAAAGAUCUCGUCGAGAAAUGCAAGCGAAGAAAUGUUGAUCUUUUCAAAUCAGAUUUUCAAUUUUAA